AUAAUUAAUAUUGCUGAGUCGGGCAGGUUUUUUUACAUGUGAAUAAACUAUAUUCUGGAGUGUAUUCCAGUACUAGAAGUCGGACCAGCUUGCUUGUUUUGUGAUGCUGCAAGCUAAGUAGACAUUAGAAUCUCUAGACAUUCAGCCUAUAAAGCAGCAUUCAGUUGUGGUACAGACUGAGGCUUGCAAGUCCUCUUUUCUAGCGAUUUCCCCCAUUUUAACUCUACAGUACUAACUGUCAGUAACUGAUUGGGAUGCAAUCUUGUUAUAACCUAUUUGGAGUUGUGAUAAGUAGGUAGUGUCUUAUGUCUGUGGUUUACCCUGUAGUAACUGUUAUUGCCACAGGUCACACACUUGUGGGUUUUGUGCAGAGACUGUCUAUACUCCUGAUCCUGAUGUGUCUAUACAGUUAAUUAGAUUGCAUGGCUGUAUAGUAUAGCCUUACAUGUACAAUGUAAAAUGCUCUUGGGGCCAAACUGAAAUAGAUACAAGUGUUGAAAAGCUUAUUGUAUGUACAUGUAACUAUCUGGAUGAAAUACUGUAACAAGAAUGCUUGCAACGAUUUGACUGACUGUACAUGUAAUUUUUUAGAGGGAGAGGGCAAGCCCAUGCCUAUAGAGGAGAGUCUGCUCCUGAACACGUUUAUUAGUUCAUCAGUUCAGUUUGCUUUCUACAUGUUACAUAGACAGUGACAGUGGAACCCCUCUUGGGGAGUGAUGUUUUGGCCAUUACACUGUAUACAGUUGUUGCCUUUGAUUUGUUGAGAGGUUGUUCUAUACACAGGUGCAAGAGAGAGUACAGUAAAACUUGCAAUAUUUUGUGUAACUUGGCUGCAACCACAGUAGUAACCACAGAAAGGACAUGAUUAUGAAUAUAAUUAAACCAUGCAGUAGCAAGACCAAGUCAAAUAUCAGUUAUGUAACAGCAAGCGUGACUUCAGCGCAGCCUCAGAAAAAGCUCCAUAUGCCAAUGAAACUUGAUAUUCUUGCAAUAUGAAACUCAGUUGAGAAUAGAUUUAUACCUUAUACCCAUUAUAAUUAUUUUGCGAGUUUCCCUAUAAUUAUAUACAUUGCAGGGUGGCAGUGUCAGUGUUGUAGGCUAGUGGAGAAGGGAAGCAACAUGCAUGCAUUACUGCAUGCUGAAAAUAAGUUACAUGGGUUAUGUAUAUUUAUAAUAAUAAUUAUAGUGUUAUCUCGAAAUUAAUGAGAACCCUGGACACUUAUACAACAUUCUCUUCAUUGGCAUGUUUGAGCUGUUCUCUGAGGCUGUGUGAAGUCAUUACGGUGUACAUGCAGUGCAGAAAAACUAGUGCUUGCUGUUAGAUGUUUGACCGGCCAUGCUUAAUGGUAUUCAUGAUCAUCUAUGUGGUUACAGCAAAGUUUAUCAACUAGUAAUACACUGAGGUGCAAGUCCCUUUCCAGGGUAUCAAAGGAUCAAGAUCUCUGAUAGAAAAUCAUGAAUGGAACUCAAGUCUGGUGUGUCCAUCUCUCUCUAUUGUCUGAGCUCUGUGAUAAUUAUAAGGAGGAGUGUCAGGGUGAUGAGGCAAGCAUUUCAACUCAGUCUGGGUGUGAAGGGCCCACAUCAGAGACAUCCAGUUCCAGUUGCAGAAACCAACAAUCAGCAUCUCCGAAUGUUGAGGUCCAUGUAGCAUAUAAGAAAUAUACACGGAAAUUCAAAGUUAACACUCCAUCAAGGAAGAGAGUUAUUAAAAAUGUUACUCGCAAGAGUUUCACGUCAAUUUCUUCUCAGUUAAUCCGUUCGCCUUCGAAGUUAAAGAAUGUUUUGUCUCAGUUGUCCAGGAAAAUAAAACAGGAACUCACCACAAUAUGCUCAGAUAAUCAUGACUCGAUCCUUAGAGAUACUUGUGAAGCAGUAAAGCAUUUUAGUUGGGAAACUGUUAGCCUUGAGUUGCAAAAAAAUGUUCCCACUUUGAUGGCACUCCUAAAACAAAUUGUCCCUAAACCCACUAACAAAGUUCCCAUGCUCUGUUUUGUUGCAUCUGUGCUUUUGCAAGCCAGGCACCAGCGAAUGUGUCUAGUACAAAGGGCAAUAUCUGUGAUGAUGUAUGGGAAUGGAACAGCAAAACAGGUUUUUUCCAACUUUCGUCCAUUGAGGAUAUGCAUGUCCUACCAAGGGACAAUGAACAUCAUCGAAACGAUCACUGAAGACCAUGACAUAGAGAUCCAGACAUGGUGUGAUGAGCUACGACCUCUGAUACAACGUCCAGCUAACGCUCUUCCUGAACCAAUGUAUGUGUUCACACCAUUUGAUGAAGAUGAGAUAGGAGAUGAUAUUGAACCUCCUCCAUUUAGCCCGAUCUCAGAAGAGGACUUUUAUGACGAUGCGACAUUGUCAAUGAAUGAUACUAACUCACAGCAAGAUGAUUCCAGCCGAAACCCACAACAAGAUGAUUACACCCAACAAUCAUCACAGCAAGAUUCCACCAGAAAUGAUGGUGAUGAAGUAGAGGAUGAUAUUGAACCUCCUCCAUUUAGCCCGAUCUCAGAAGAUGACUUUCAUGACCAUACGACAGAAGAGGAUUCGUCAAUGAAUGAUACCAACUCACAGCAAGACGAUUCCAGCCGAAAUCCUCAACAUGAUGAUUCCAUCUCAUCCCAACACUCAUCACAGCAUGAUAAUUCAACCCAAUACUCUCACUGUACAGCAUGGUCCGGAUUUAAGUUUGUGGGUGAUAACAUCGACAAAAAUAUAAGACCUAGAUAUCAACGACACAACGAUAAAGGUCAAUCUCUACAUUAUUUUCAUGGGUAUGCAGCACUUGAUCGUGUAGACAUGUCAAAAGUAUCCGAUAUCCCCCCUACUGAACGUGAUCCUGAUUACAAUGACUUUAAACUUUCCCAAGAAGAGGUGCAGCAGCUGAAAGAAGAACUUGGGAUUCUUGUUUCUCGUAUCAUUGUGUGCUACUUGGGAGAAUUUAAGAAUGAUGCCAAACACAUUUCAAGACAUAUAGCCAGCGAAUACAAAAAGGAGAUGUCGUCUAAGUCCAAAACAGUACCAUUUGGAGUGCUUCUUCUAAACGAGAACAAGUUGGAUGAGAUGAGUCAGAUCUUGGACACUUACAUGGAUAGAGUCCCGACAGAGGCGUCAGAGGGUUUGAUGACACUACCUAAUGGCGAUGCAGUUUUAGUGAAUAACACGAUGUUUUUGAAAACUUUGUUUGGAGGAGACCAGCUCACAGUAGCACGGAUUAGAGGGGCCCAAGCUCUCAGAGACACACAUAGUGACCCUGCAGACAGGUUUGAAGGAAUUGCUCCGGUAAUUGAGGAUUGGCACAGCAGAAUGACUUUAAUGAAGGUUAUCUGGGGAGCAUUCUAUGAUACUAAAUCAUCGGGAGAGAAAGGCACUAUGUACAAUCUCAGAAAUGUGAUACAUAGGACAAAUGUACCAUCAGAUCCACAAAAAAACAUGAAUUCAUGUGAAGAUUUUAUGUUGCUACUGGUACACUCACACGUUGUCGAGGCUGCCAAUACUCUCCAACAACUGUCUCAAACAAAAGAUAUCUCCGAACUCACAUCAAGAAUAAUCUCAACAUUUCUUCGGAUACCAGAUCUAGAGUCCUUGUCUAAAUUGCCAAGCGAAUGCAAUGAUAACGUGUACCUUUACGGAACGGAUCUCUUAACAAUUGGUUUGAUAUGGCAUGGGUUCCAUGACGCAGUUAAAGAAGGUGACGGUAAAAGGAUUCUUCGCUAUUGGAAAUUAUUGCUUAUUAUUUUUAAAGUAACAGGCCAUAGAAACUAUGCCAAAGAGGCUAUUAUAGUACUCGAUCAGUAUUAUCGCACAUUUUCAGAGAGGCAGAAGACACAGCUGUUGUGGAGUCGAUGCAUAAAUACGCAAGGAGUUCCUGGUGCCAAUAUACCAUGUGAUUUACAUAUGGAGCACCUCAAUCGACGUUUGAAGACUUGUAUUAGAAAUAUGGGUGCCAAUGUCAGCUCUUCUAAAAUAGUCAAAGCCGGAAAGGCAAUUGCAACAUUACACCACGUGUGCAAUGUUUUUGAGAAGCAGACAGUAGGGCACGUACAGUCUGGUCGACAUAAUUUCCGCAGUUUUGGGGACGACCUUACACAUGUUGUAAAGGUACUAAGAGAAGUAAAAACAUUCACUUACAACCCACAUCGAAUAGAGAGGUACGUAUCUUUCAAGAAGAAAAGAGGUAUUCUUGAAAGAAUUACAACCAAUGAACUUAUUGAUAAAAUUAAAACAACUUUUUCUGGUAUGUGAAAAUUCUUUUGGCAUUUCAAUUAUAAUUUCAAUCAUAAUCAUCAUCUGUUACAUCAUUGAGUGACAAACAAUUGGAACAAAAACAUGAAAGUGCACAAACAUCACAACAUUCACAACCUCUUGCUUUAACAUUAUCCUCCUUGUACAGUAAAAAUUCUCUGAAUAGUAACCUACGUCUACAUUUAUCAGAGUUUGACAGAUAGUUUAGGACUGCCUUAGAAGCAUGUACUGUAGUCUUUCCGAGAUAUAAAAUGGAUUUAGACUGUUUUCCAUCACGACCACAUUGUCCACUUUCUUGUACAUACUCUUCUAGAGAUACAGGAAUUCCCCAAUGAAUCACCUGCCGGAUAUCUGGGCAAUCAAUUCCUAGGCCAAACGCAGUAGUUGCAAUAACGACACGUAGAGUAGUGUCUCUUUCACAGAAACACUUAACAACUUCUUCUUUUUUAGCAGGAGUCAUAGCUCGAUUAAACAUGUCUAUAAGCCGAUAACCAUACAUAUUUGGAUAACCCUCUGGCUCUGUGAAGUGCCUACCAAGCUUUUUCUUUAGUAGCAUAUACAAACCGUAGCAAUCUGUGUAUGUCCUGACAUAUAUAAGAGUUUUAGGAAAUGAAUUUCGAAGCUUCUUCAAUUCUUGACUAAAUAAUGUUGAAAGCGUGUCACUGUCUAUUCUUCGUUUAACAUGGUAACUGAUAUUAUCUCUGAAAGGAACUUGUGCCACCAGCACAGUAUCAACCAUUGACAAUCGCUCAAUAACAAUAUGGUAUGUGGUUGUUGUUGCAGUUGCUGUGAGGGCCAUAACAUUUACUUUACUUGAGACUAAGCUUCGAAGUGUUCCAAUUUCAGCAAAUGUAGUUCUAAAUUCAUCUCCCCAUGUUUUCACGCAAUGAGCCUCGUCCACCACUAGUCCCCGUAAGUUCUCUUUAUACACAGGUGACAUGAGCAUUUCCCGGUAAACACAAUUGUUGAUUAGGCUUUCUGGGGUUGUAUAUACAAGUUCAAGCUCUCCACGCAAUACUUUCUUUCUGACAGAUGGAUCGGUCUGACUGUCACCAAUGAAAUCUGUUUUAACGCCUCUAGCUUGAAAAUUCGACACCUGGUCCAUCAUCAAGGAAGUGAGCGGGCUGAUGCACACAACAAUGCUGCCUGUUGAACCUGGAACAGGAAAAUUACUUAUGCAGCUAGCUAGCUCUGAAUAAACAUACCUUUAAUUCUAUUAAAGGCUCCAGGGAGAGCAGCAUAAAUAACAGAUUUUCCGUAGCCAGUGGGUAAUGAAACAAACGUGUCUUUUCCAUUCACAAAGUGUUCCAUAGCUUCUUGCUGUUCUUUUUUGAGGUAUGAAAAUCCAAUACACUUUGCACUUUCUUCAAUAGCUUUACUUAUUGUGAGUAGCUUACACUCCGCCAUCUUUUGCUUAUACUUUGCGUCACGAUAAUAAAUAAACGUCACGAAAGCCGCAGCCACUUAUCACAUACUUAGCAUCUUAUCUGAUAUGCUGACUGUGCAACACGAGUCUCUACACGGAGUUUGACCAGUCUACUGUUCGCGUGCAACAGUGGCGGCUUGCGAGUCUACUCUAGAGGAGCAGAAGUUCAUUUGUAUACUUUUGCCGUCGUUGCACAGAUGGGAGAUCCACCACCAGUCGAAACGGUGAGGGAGUUGGUUGCCGCCGUUGCGAUCCAUCAGUCGAAACGGGCCGAAUUGUCCUUCAAUUCUUCUAAGAGGAGGAGAUCCAUCACCCUGUGAAGAGCCAAAGUGUCCAUCAGAAUCCUUUAACAUGGGGAGGAGAUACAUACCCUAUGGAUAUGGCGCGGCAGUGGCAUGAACUCCAUUCUAGUGUACGUGAGUCACGAUCGAGGUGUUCCAGGAUUACUUCCCCUUCAGCUGGCCUCACCAAGCAGACACACACUUCAUCUUCCUCUCCGCUAACCUCGUGGGCACAGGGCUAUGGAUGGUCAUAGCUUACUACUGCUACUAUAUUGAGUUCUUUGUCAAAAUAUAACUCUCAGAAUGUUUGCGUGUGUAAACUCAUGUUCAGUAAGAUUAUCCCUUUUUGCUUGUGAUGCACACGCAGUUGCUUGCUGUCAUGACUUGUAUGUUCACUGCAUGUACGUAACUAAAUAUUGAGCAAGUUAAAUAUUAA